ACACAUCCCUCACUUCCAUUUCAUCCCCUACCUCCUUGUUACCAAAACCCUAGCGCAUACAGAGAAGAUCAAUGGAGAAGUACUUUGGAAACGCGUACAGAGGAGACCCGGGUGUUCCACACUCUGGUCCAGAGAAAUUCAUCUGCAUAUGGGUCGGUUCAAUGGCUUACUCCGCCAUGACUUGGUCCAACCCCUACAUGUGGCAACUCUCUAAUAGAUUCAAUUGGCAUGAUCAUGCAAUGCUACAUGAGCAAUACCAUUGGAAGAAGGCAAUGCAAAAGAAACAGCCAUACAAAUUUUCGUGGAAUGAAAACUGGAGCAAAGAAGCUCGUGAUUCAUACUACUUCAACUGGCCUGUUUAUUUCCCUUAAGGUUUUCACCUUCAUCAGCAAAAUACAAUUUAAAUAAUUUUGUAAUUUGUAAUGUGAGAUUUUGUGGUUUAUGUAAGAAAUUUUUAGUCA